AGUCAGUGAUACAUCGGACACAGAACUGAUCGGCAGUGCAGUCGAGCCCAUCAAAUGCUGACAUUACAUCGACACGUGUAUAUCGCUGUAAGCUCACCUGUAGAUUCAGCCGAAUAGUUUAAAUUUCAUAAAUUCACUCGACUAUGCAAAUUCGCCGAAAAAAAAUAUAUAUCACCAACACUCAAUUACAAUCAAAUUCAACUGCCAGUUGAUGAGAAAUAAUCGUUCGAUUAUCACGUAGUAAUAUCACUAAAAAUAUCACCGAGAUUGGACCUACUUCGUUAUCAGUGGUAAUCAUCGGUGAAGAAGAGAAAAACACGUUGACCGGGUAAUAUUACCGGCAAAUGUUACUUCAAACCUGCACAAGCUGAUUAAUACAAGACUGUACGAAUUGAUUAGACAAUGGAAUUGGAAGUCUCUUCUGUUCUUCUCAUCAUCCUGAAUGUAUUACAAUACUGUAAACGAGGAAUAUUACUCUCUUAGUAUCUUUAAUUAUUUAAACGAUUACGCUUACAACUCUUAUUGGACGAGAUUUAAAAACUGAUCGUUUUAAAAAAGUGAUAAGUGAUACUGGCACAUUAAUACAUGAACCGGCUUAAACAGUGUUCGAUAAAACUCAUUACGUAUAAUUUAAUUCACUGCAAAUAAUACUGUGGGCGUUAACCAAUUAUCGGGUGGAGAUAACAGAAUAAAAUACGGAUAGAGAUGAGUAAUUAUGUCGGUAGCCGGAUUGACCGCAGCUUUUUGUAUCUGAUGGCAAUUUAUGUCAUACAUGGAAUAUUACUGCACGUUUUUCUACGACCAAUUAAUGUUAAUGGUGAUAAUAUUGAUAAGGAUUUUUUCGCACCCUCGAUAUCCAAUGAUUGGAUAAAAUUUGUGGACAAUGUGAAUACGAGUUACGUAAAUAUUGAAGCCAAUGACAAUUCUCAAGAGGGAAAAAAUUCCAACGACUUGAACAUACCUAUUAUCAAUCACCCCACGUACCAGAUGAAUCCUGGCAGGGGGAAAAUGCAAUUACUAUCACCUCAAAAGUGUUCGAGCAAAUGUUUUUUCCCGACUACAACACUAGCUUCUGUUGUUGCUGCAAUGAAAAAUAUUAGUCCAGCAACGUGGGGUAUAAUAUCUGGUUGCAUAGUUUUUCUGUUAACUUUCACAGAAAACGAUCAUGUACGAUAAAUUGUGAUAGUAAAUCAAUUUUGUACAAAGCUAUGAUAACGCUCUUCUAACGAAAAAUUUAACUGUAUCAAAUAUGAGAUUACUGAUAAAAGGAAA